UUGUAUUAGACAUUAGUCUUUUAUUGUGACAGUAGUCAGAGGAAGUACAGUCAGGUCCGUGUGAUGAGGAGACCGUGGUGAGGAGCAGGAGCAGGAGCAGGAGCCGGAGACAGUGCAGGUGGAGAACCAGGCCACUGACGGUUCGUACUCGGGAAGCUGCGGGGCUCACACUCUCUUCGGCCCGGCGGCGGACUGCGACGCUCGAGGGGCUGCGGACCAGGUCAACUCGAAGCGGGACCACACACACGCACCAGCGGGUUAGAGAAGAGGAGCCGAGCGGACACGAGUGGAAUGAACGCGGAAUCAACAAGCAAAGAAAGAUAGGUCUUCAGAAAGAGGAGAGCGAGGGGGAGCGACAUCACUAACGGAGCCAGCCAGACGACCCGCUAGCCCGGCUACAGGGAGGCACCAGAGGAGGAGGUGGAACCAGCGGGAGAAGAAGUCCCCCAGAGAGGAGCGCUAUCAACACACACUCGGCAGGCAUGGCAGACCCAGACCUGGACUUCCAGACCGGUGAUGCGGGGGCAUCCUCCACCUACCCACAGCAGUGUUCGGCCCUGCGCAAAAAUGGCUUCGUUUUGCUCAAAGGCCGACCCUGCAAGAUCGUUGAGAUGUCCACCUCCAAGACCGGCAAGCACGGCCACGCCAAGGUGCACAUGGUUGGUAUCGACAUCUUCACUGGUAAGAAGUUUGAGGAUAUUUGUCCCUCCACCCACAACAUGGACGUCCCCAACAUCAAGAGAAUGGAUUACCAGCUCAUUGGGAUCACAGAGGGCUACCUGUCUCUGCUCCAGGACAGCGGGGAGGUGAGAGAGGACCUGAAGAUCCCUGACGGAGACCUGGGCAAAGAGAUCGAGAGCAAGCACGAAGCCGGAGAGGAGAUCCUGGUCACCGUUCUAAAUGCAAUGGAUGAAGAAUCCGCCAUCGGCAUCAAAGCCUUGGGUAAAUAAGCCACUGCAGGGGCACAGGCGAUGCACUGGACCUGGGGAAGAGGAGGGGACAUUGCCUCGUCAAUGCUACUCUCCCUCUUUUCUUUCUUUUUCGUCUUUUUUGGUUUUCAUACUCUCUCUCUCUUUCUCCCCUGCUCUGUUCUCCGACCUUCCUACCUUUGGCUUCGAUUAGAGAUGAACUCGAAUGAACGAUUGGAAAUUUGAAUUGUAAAAAAAAAAAAAAUUAUUACCACACAUCCAAGUCCAGAUGUACAGAUGCAAAGACGUGUUGAGGAAGGUUCUCUAACUAAUAACUGAGUAGGUCUGCAAACACCCGAGUAGCUACCUUCCACCAGGGGAAAGAAAAACGUCGAUAACGUCACAGCCGUUUUGUUAUAUACGUUUCCCUGUUUUAUUAAGGGCUUCAACUCUAGACCUGCAUUGAGGCUUGUUCAGUGCACGUGUGUCGUACAGGACCGGACACGUGACUCGUUAUGUCUCUUCUGUACGGCGUUUUUCUUUGCAGCGAUUCAUCUGAAAAAGUCCGUCCUGCUGUUGAUUUCAUCACCUGAAACUUGUCUAUUAAACAAAAGGUUACCAACAUGGCA